AUGAUCGUUGAGGCUCUGAUGGACACGGGCGACCCUGAGGGCGCAGCGCCAAAAGAUUUGUUCGCGUGGAUGGCUUCGCGAUACCCGCUGCAGACGAACUUCCGGCCAAGCGCGAGCCAGGCCCUGCAGAAGGCUUACAAGCGAGGCAGGCUUGAGAAAGUGAGCGGGAAGUAUCGACUGAACCCGUCAUGGGAAGGUGGCACAACGUCAAAACGCACCACCCGAAAACCCCAGACACACGCACAAACGACGUACAUGCAACAGCAGCCACCUUCGUCACCCUUCACCAACGCCCCCCUGCAUCACCGAUCCAACCACGCGCCAUAUCCUCAGGCGGGCCCACCGGGGCAAUACCCCAGCUAUUCGUACGGCUAUCCUCAGCCGGGUUACCCCCAGUAUCAUACACCAAGCUUGCCGUCAUACUACCAGCAGCAACCCAGUCAACAACCGACGACCGCCAGCAAGGCGCCCGCUCAGAGCUCUGCAUCCGUGCCGACAGCGGUCCCCGCGCCGUCCCCGUCGACCACGGUGCCUACGGUAGCUAGUAGCGGCAAGGACGGUGCAGACAAGGCGCCUACAACGGACGGACACGACGCGAAUGCGUGGGAGGCGGCCCAGCAUAUCUUGGAGGCCAUCAACUUCAACACGCUGCACAGGAUCGAAGACCCAGAGCAGCCCGAGCUUCCUGCCGCCGCUUCUGCGGCGCAGACAUCGGCUCCUGUGCCUGCGGCCGCGAGUAUGGAGACACGGCCGGCUGCGGAGGCGCCGCGGACGACACUCACUGAGGACGAACGAGCGUCGUUGCAAGCACAACUCGCCCUGCUCGCAGCGCAACUCACGGAAAUUGCAAACGAGAGCGAUGAUGAGGAUGGGGAAGAGGUGGAGGCCCUUGCCCGUGCUCAACCCGUGCCCGAGUGGUCCCCAGCGACAGACGUACAGACGCGGCUUGCCAGUCCCAUGGAUGUGCAGCCGGAAGCGACAGAGGUGCGUGAGGGCAAUCCUCUCGAGGAAGCCGCUGGCCGCGCGAUGGCGAUGCUCCUGGACAACCUGGACAGCGCUGCGCAGGCGAUGGCGCAGGACGAGGAGGAGAGCGACGAGGAUGAGGAUAUGGAGAUGGUGGAGGUGCCGACGUACGUGGGGAGCGAUGCGUUGCGGAUUUGA